CGCCGCCCGCCCUCAGUCCGCCGUCACGCGCCGCCGCGACAACACGUUAUUAAGGCCUCUGUACGCCACUACACGCGACGCGCGCGUUUCGAACGUAGUGAACGAUCUCGCGACCGGUUCGCCGGAGCCCAUGAGCGACUAGUGACAUCUCGAUACUUGUGCUGUGUGACUUGCAGUGAAACGCUCAGUGCAUACAUGUGCAAGUGAUGGAUUACUGCGGAUCUACCUUCGAGUGCUGACGACCGGGUACGGUCCCGACGUAUGCCCCGGCGCCGCUAGCCCGGACGCGCCAGCAUGCGCGCCCCCGCGGUGCUCAUCGCCCUGCUAGGGUUUCUACCCCAGGUGCUGACGUCUGGUUCCUUCGAACUUAGGAUAAAAAGUUUUACGAACUCAUUGGGUAGGUUAAGUAGUGGGCAGUGCUGUGAUGGUUCCUCAAAUAGUGACGCGCCGUGUUUGGCGCCGUGCAGGACUAAAUUCCGAGUGUGCCUCAAGAUAUAUCAAGCUAAUAUCGACACAACGUCACCGUGUACCUUCGGUGACAUUACAACGCCUGUAUUGGGCGGCAACUCAUUGGAUGUGCCCAACCUCCACGUGGAAGGAUUUAGCAAUCCCAUCGUGUUCCCCUUCGACUUCACAUGGCCGGGCACAUUCACGCUUAUUGUGGAAGCUUGGCACGACACCAAUGAGACGUCGAGAUCUGAUGAUACCCUGAUCGCGCGAAUGACGAAACAGAGCGUUGCGGAUGUGGGGGGUCCAUGGAUAGAAGAAGAACAACGGUGGGGUGGAGCCGGCUCUGCUCACCUGAAGUUGUCGUACAGGGUGACAUGUGCUGCUCAUUACUACGGCGCAGGCUGCGAGGUGCUGUGCAGGCCCAGAGAUGAUGCCUUCGGACAUUACACCUGUUCGCCAUCAGGAGGCAUCGUCUGCAAGGCUGGCUGGACCGGAGACUAUUGCUCGAAACCGCGGUGCUUGCCCGGCUGCGACGCGGAGCACGGCCACUGCCUCAAGCCCGACGAAUGCAUCUGUCAUUCGGGCUGGGUGGGCGAGCUGUGCGACCAGUGCGAGCGACACCCGGGCUGCGUGCACGGCACCUGCCUGCGGCCCUGGGACUGCAACUGCGAGGAGGGCUGGGGCGGGCUGUUCUGCAACCAGGACCUCAACUACUGCACCAACCACCGGCCCUGCCGCAACGGCGGCACCUGCCACAACACCGGCCAGGGCAGCUACACCUGCAUGUGCCCGCCCGAGUACACCGGGCCCGACUGCGAGAAGUCGCUGCACUCGUGCGCCGUGCGGCCCUGCCUCAACGGGGGCGCCUGCGUGCCCGACGAGGGCGGCGAGCUGGCGUGCGCCUGCCCGCAGGGGUACGAGGGCGCGCGCUGCGAGACCCGGCGCCUCACGUGCGCGGACCGGCCCUGUCGCAACGGCGGCGUGUGCGAGCCGCGCGGCGCUGGCUACGUGUGCGAGUGUCCCGUUGGCUACGCUGGCACGGACUGUGCGCUCGAGGCAGACCCGUGUGCUGCGGGGCCCUGUCGCAACGGGGCCACCUGCUCGCGCGCUGGCGACGGCUUCAAGUGCACCUGCCGCGCUGGCUUCCGCGGAAAUCGCUGUGAGAUCGACAUCGACGACUGCGCGGGUAUCAUGUGUGAACACGGCGGCACCUGCGUCGACCUCGUUAACGGACAACGCUGCCAGUGCGCACCCGGCUUCGUGGGCUCGCGCUGCGAGACCAGAGUGGACCUAUGCCUCGCUAAACCCUGCGCGAACGGUGGAGAAUGUAAGAUCCUCGACAACGACUACCAGUGUCGGUGUAGACCCGGCUUCGCUGGCAAAGACUGCAGCAUCGACAUCGACGAGUGCUCAUCUUCACCGUGUCGGAACGGAGGCACCUGUAGGGACCGAGUGGACGGCUACCACUGCUCGUGUCCUCCGGGCUGGGGCGGUAAGUCGUGCACCGUGUCGCUGGCGGAGCUCGUGUCUAAGCAAGCGGGGGGACACCUGCGGCGGGUGGGGGACGAGGGGGGCGAGGAGGCGCUGUCGGGGCAGCAGGUGGCGUGGAUCGCGUCCGUGACGGCCGCCGUGCCGCUGGCGGCGCUGGCCGCCGUGCUGGCCAUCGUGUGCCUGCGCCGGCGCCGCGCGCGCGCUGCGGCGGCCGACGCGGAGGCGCGCGCGCAGAACGCGGCCAACGCGGGCGGACACGUCAUCCGUAACACGUGGGGCAAGUGCGACGCGCCGGCGCCGGAGUGCCAGAACGCGCACAACGCGGCGGCCGAGGAGUGCAAGCGCAAGACUCUCAACACAGAGAGCGCGCGCCUGCUGGCCGCGCUGGACCCGCGGCUGUCGCGGCUCUCCGCGGACUCCGCCUACUGCGCUAAUAGCGAUACGUCGCUAGUGAAGCGAGCGCUAGAAGGCGGAGGGGUGUACGUAUUAGACGACCAUUGCUUGCCGCCGACGUACGCGACACAAGUGUAGUGAUACUAAAUGCGUCAAUGGACAACACUAACUUAUUUAUUCACAACGGACGCUCGUGCGAAACAGGCUGUGCGCCGCGUGUAAAUAUAGCGUAAAGUGUAAAGUGACCCUGUAUAAACGUCUAGUUAUAAGCGUUCCGAAGUAUUUAUUUAAGAGAGCGAUUCGUACGCCCCUGUAAAUAGUAUUGGCGGGACGGAUCGCGUUUUUUCCGCCCCUGAUCGGCGAGCGUCGUGGCGACAGUGGCGCCGCCAAGCGUCGAGCGGCCGCCGCGAGGACCGCGCGAGCCGAGGGGCCGGUGGACUUGUCCACGUCGCGAUCUCUGUACACUUGGCCCGAGGACAUUUUGGCAACAGUUUAAAUGGUUCAUCAAAAAUUAGAAAGCGUAAACAUUUUUGUAUAAAGUCUAGAUCCUCUUAAUUUUUAUAUAUAGUCCUUUUGCUGGUUUGAACUGUUUACAAAAUGUUCGAGUCCCAAGUAUAGGUAACGUGUGCUGCGUCCCGUAGCUCGGUCCGCUGCGCGACGCCGCAUCGUGGCGCGGCACCGCGCUGCACUGCGGCAGGUGUCGCACACGAACACAACACACCACUAACACUAUCCCUCUAGACUCGCACCAGUAUAGAAGCCAAACCGUGCGUAAAAUAAGAUUAGACUAAUUUAUAAAAAAUAACGCGAAUGAUGCGUUCAUCAGUUUUACAUUGAUUUAUAUUUUGUGAUUGACUAAUUGUUGUCAUUUGUUCCUAUGAUUAUGAUAGUGAAUUACUCCACACAAAAAAAUCUUGUUCAGGUUUUCUUGAAAAUCGACGUAGAUUUUUUCCUUUCCCUCGUAACUUCUGUACUCGGGCUGUAGUUCAGUUAGCACGAUAAUGUAACGUUCCUGAGACUGUGAGCGCCAUUUCUACGAGCUGUAUGCGCGCAUGCAGCUCGUACGAGUCGCGGUCGCACCACACAAAUGUUCACGCACGUAAUUAGUCCAUAGGUUAACAUUAACUUCAGUACUUAUAGAAACAAAUUGUCGAAACCUAAGUCAUUGUGUAUAAAAACGUAAGUUUUAGUUUUGUAAGUAUAUUCUCCAUUACUUAUAAGAGUACUGAGACAAUAUAAAAUGUGUCAUUAGGCAACAUAGGACAGGAUACUCUGCUUGUUUUAACUUAUUUAUUUGAAUAGGUACAGUUCUCGAUAUGUUGUGUUUGUGGCUCGGCGCUCGAGCGGCCACACACGCCGGCAGACUGUGUGGACGCUCGACCGCGAGCCGUUUAUGAAAUAAUUUAUGUUAAAUUACAAUUUUAUAAAGUCCGUGUAGAUAUAUGCGGUAAGUGAUAGGUUAUAUCACCUCUUAUGUUGCCUUUUGUACUCGAACGUAGAUUAAAAAGGUUAAAUCGACAAAAUUGUAAAAAUAUGAAUAGACUGAUGAUCAAUAAUAAUUCUCUUGUAUUUAAUUUUUUAAGAUGACAAAUAAGUUUAAAUUAUGAGGAAAUAAUGAACAUCCGAAUGUACUAAAAAUAUAAUCAUAAUUUUUGUACUUAAUUGAUCACAGUGAACCUUUCAUUUUUCUUUUUGAGAAUUUCGUUAUGAUAUUGUAAUUCAAAAUUAUGAUUUCCAUUCCGAACAAUAAAAUGACAGUAUUUUUAAUUUAUUUAUUACAACCGUAUCAUUAUAAUUAUUGUGAAUUUCUUUAAUUUUAUGAACAAAAUCAUUGUUUAAUUAUUUUUUGAGCUUAAGUUUACAAUUGACUGAUGUAAAUUGACUUAUAUAUGAUAUUUUGGACACAUUUUAAUAAAUCAUGAAUGUAUUUGUGGCUGUAUGUGUGAGUAUACUGAAAGAUAAAAUUUCAAAUCAUUCCAUUUCUUAGCUAAGUAGCCUUAUCUAUAAAUCUUAAUGUUUAAUUUCGCUAUUUUCUUAUAAUUGUUUAUUUUGCAUGUGAAACCAGUGAUUAUCUUAAUUGUUCUAUGUUUCGUCCGUGUGGACAAAGUACAAUUAUCUGUUAUCUAUCUUAGUAUAAUAAUGUUACCUUUUGGUAUAUUCACAUAGAUGUUUCAAAAGAAAAAUGAAAGAAAUCUUCAUGUGACACAAAACUGUAACCAAUAAUUCCAUAAAUAGAUUCUAACAGAAUAAAAGUCAUAUUGUAUUGCUAAUGCGGUGAUAAAUUUGCCAGCGAGUGUUUGUGACGAAGUGUAAUUAUUGCAGUGGAUGCAAACGAGAAAUAAAAUGUUAAUAAUAAACAAUUGUUUACAAAAAAUUAAAAAA